AAUGCAUAUUGAUUGUGUUUUUAGCAACAAAUCUUUUUGAUAUAAUAACAAAUUUAUUUGGUUACAUCAGCAAGCAUAGUUUUAACAGUCAUUAGUCAUCACUUUUUCCGUGUAUAAAUCGAUAAAGUUGAUAUUUCUUUAAUAUAAUUAACAUUCCUUUUAGCUUCGAAUUUAUCAUGAACUCCAGAAGUGUGCUCUCAGGAAGAACGCGAUAAUUUAUCCCUAUGUACUUAACUCGAGUGUAUUGUACCUCUCAGAAAAUUCGCUGCUAUUGCAGCUACCAUGUAAAUUCCUACGCAGCAUUUGCAGCGUUUAUCAGUCAUUCAAAUCGCUAAUUUACCAUGCGGCGAGUAACGUACCGCGGAAUAUAUUCCAUUACGACGGCACAGUAUUAUCGCUGUUUGUUUACGGGCCAAGAACACCGCGAAAACUCCGAUAUAAAAAUUAGACAGUUAUGGAGAAUACAAAUGUACCGAGGCACACACGCUCGAUCGACAUAUUUGACUCGUCUUAUCCCACGAUUUUUAUGUAUCCGUUCCGUUCCCUCGAGCGGAACGAAACCAACUGGACCGUAUGCUCGACAUAAAAUUGACGUAUAUCCCAAAUAUAACGACAGACGUCACUUCGCCGUACAUUCGCGUACAUUCUUAACACGUAAUAUGGGUAACAUCGCAUUACGAAACGGCAGGGAAACGAAAUACGAAAUCGUUUUCGUCUUCACCUUGUUUCGUAUUCACAGAGCCUAGGCGCCCGAUCUCAUACAUCGCACGCUCGUUUCGCAUAUAAAGACGGAAUCGACGGCCCGACAAAGAUCAGUCCGAAAUUUUUCGGUGCGCGUUUAGCAGCUGUAUUAACAUCGAAAAUGAGAGAGACGCUCAUCCUCGUCCUUCUUUAUAUCGGACUGGCCGCGACAUCAGAUUUAUCGGGAUAUAAGCCCAGGGGCUGGCGUCCUAAUGGCCAGCGUUUUAAUCCCAACAACAAUCGAUUGCAUGCGUAUUACGGUGCCCCGGGAUUACAAAGCUACGAACCCCCAGAUACCGCAACUGCCUAUCGCGAUCCGUUAUUCACCACGACCACGACAACGCGGCCACGAACCACUACUGUAAAAACCACGACGACACCUCGUAACAGGGAGCCAACAACCGCGACCAACGAACAGCCGGAGGACGAUUUCGAGACGACGAAUCCAGCAUUAGCGAUCGCGAAUUCCUUCGCAUUUAAUCGACCCGUGUACGUCUACAACACCUUCCCGUUUCUGCCAGCUCAGAUCAUUGCAUAGUAAUGCGAAAUGAACAAUGAAAAUGUACAAUCGAUUGCCGAGAGAUAUAACUUUGUACUUACAAUUUCAAGGAACGAGGUUUAAAACUUGCUUGACAUCCAUUUUUAUUUCAAGUAUUAUUAUUAUA